GCGAGAGCGCUAGAAAGCGAGAGAGACACAGGUAUGGGAGGGGGAUAGAGGGAAAUAAACCAACCAGAUGAAAGUGAGAGAGAGAUUGGGCUGUUUGAACGUGCCAGAGGGGAAGAGAGAGAGGGAGAGCGAGAGGGACUGAGGAUAGAAGUGUUACUACUGGGUUGUGCUGCCUGGCGCUAGAAGACCGACAUGGAGAAUAUGCAUCGCCCCACAGCACACACAGACACCAGACACCAGACACCGAACACCACGUAAAAAGUGAUUUUCAAAGGCCUCACUAUCAGCGGUGAUUUUUCCACUUCUCCCAUUCCUUUUUUUAGUUUUAUUUUGCGCUGCCUCCUCUCUCCUUAUUUCUGUGUGUGGAUCCUCCCUCCCUCCCUCCACCACUUCUGUCACUCUCUCCAUUUCCAAAGGAGGGAUCUGUGAAUCAAGUGCAACAGAAGAAGAACAUGAGUCUCGGGGAAUGAUGCCGCUGCCGUUUGUGCCACCCUCCCUGUCGCCAUGACGAUGCCGCUCAGCCCCCUCUCCAGUGACGAGGAGCAGCAAAGGAUGCUGGGAAACAAUAGACAUCUAUAUCCUGGGACAGAGGAUGAGGAAGAGGAGGAGGAGGAAGAUGAAGAAGAGGAGGGUGAGGAAGAUGACCGUGAUAAGGAGGGAGAAGAUGGGGAGAAUGGAGAGCUGGAGGGAGAAGAGGAGGAAGAGGAAGUGGAGGAAGUCAGGCGAGGAGGAGGCAUGUCGCGAGGAGGCAGGGAUGAGGGGCACAGGCAAUUAGGCAAAAUGGCUGGACGACCCACAGGAGACAGACAGAUACGACCCGGCAACAUCGGGCACACAGUAAACCCUUAUUCGUCCAACCAUGGACCCACCCAUCAACAGCCAGCCAAUCAGCAGCAGCAGCAGAAGAGGCUGAGAGAGCAUAGCUCCAGCAGGGCGCCGUCAGAGGACGCCCACAUCGCCAUGAUGGUGUUCCGCAUCGGCAUCCCCGACAUCAAACAGACGAAGUGUUUGCGGUUCAACCCGGAUGCAACCGUUUGGAAGGCCAAGCAGCAGGUGCUAUGUUCUCUGACCGAUUCGUUGCGGGAUGUGUUGAACUACGGCUUGUUCCAACCAGCCACCGAAGGCCAUGACGCCAAGUUCCUGGAGGAGGAGAAGAUGCUGAGAGAGUACCCACAAUCCUUUGAGAAGGGGGUACCAUAUCUGGAGUUUCGUUACAAGACCAGAGUGUACAAACAGACCAAUCUAGAUGAGAAACAGCUGGCUAAACUGCACACUAAGGCCAGUCUGAAGAAGUUCAUGGACUAUAUCCAAAGUGGCUCUGUGGACAAGAUGGCCAAGUUCUUGGACAAAGGGCUUGACCCCAACUACCAGGACCCUGACACGGGAGAAACCCCCCUGACGUUGGCGGUGCAAUGUGAGCCGGGGGGAGGGGAGGCCAUACGGGGGCUGGUGCUGGGAGGGGCUCAUCUUGAUUUCAGGUCCAAGGACGGACUCACACCUCUACACAAGGCUGUCCGCAGCCACUGCCACACAGCCUUGCUGACCUUGCUGUCUCUGGGUGCGUCUCCAGACUAUAAGGACCGGCGGGGGCUGACUCCGCUCUACCACACUGUGCUGACAGGAGGCGACACCUCCUGCUGUGAGACCCUGCUCCACCACCGCGCCAAGCUGGGCGUCAGGGACGAGAACGGCUGGGAUGAGACACACCAGGCCUGUCAGAAUGGCAACGCCCAGCAUCUGGAGCACCUUCUUUUUUACGGGGCAGACUCCACUUCCCAGAAUGCCUCAGGAAACACUGCCUUGCACGUUUGUGCUUUAUACAACAAGGACAGCUGUGCACGAAUUCUACUUUACAGGGGAGCCAAUAAAGACACAAAGAAUAACAGUGGGCAGAACCCAUUUCAGGUGGCUGUCAUGUCCGGCCAUUUUGAACUAGGAGAGAUUAUCAAAAACCACCGGGACACAUAUGUAGUACCUUUUCUUGAGUCUCCCAAAUACGCCCCUCAGAGGCGAGAGAGUGCACCGCGCACCCUGGCGCUGCCCCACCCUCACCCCUUCCUGCGUGCCAACAGUGAUAACAGUAUGAACCUGCCUGACUGGAUGGCACUGCCCAAUACACCAGGCUCCAACAUAGUGUCUGUACAGGGCUAUAAGCAUUCAGGUACCAUGCGUAGCUCCAGUAGUCCCCGUGGGGCGCGGACUCGCUCCCCGUCCCGAGGGAGAGCAGGGGAUAAGGAGGACAGGAGUCGGCAGAGUCGGAGGCAGGGAGGAGGGGGAGGAGAAGGAGGCGUAGGAGGGACGGGGUCUGUCAGCAGCAAUACGGUUACAGCAGCAGGGGGCCAGCGGAGGCGUCUCUACAGCGCCGUCCCAGGACGUGUGUUUGUGGCCACGCGUUCCCACUCUGCCCAGGGAGACAGAGAGAUUAGCAUCAGCAAGGGAGACAAAGUCAAAGUGCUGAGUGUGGGCGAGGGAGGGUUCUGGGAGGGCACGGUUAAGGGACGGACCGGCUGGUUCCCCUCAGACUGUGUAGAGGAAGUGGCAGUCCGUAGCCAGGACAACCGCUCAGAGAGCCGCAGUGAGAAAGCCAAGAGACUGUUCCGCCAUUACACCGUGGGCUCCUACGACAGCUUCGACGCUCCCAGUGACUAUAUCAUCAAGGAGAAGACAGUGCUUCUGCAGAAAAAAGACAGUGAGGGUUUUGGCUUUGUGCUGAGAGGAGCCAAGGCUCAGACCCCCAUCGAGGAGUUCACUCCCACCCCAGCCUUCCCAGCACUGCAGUACCUGGAGUCUGUCGACGAAGGAGGCGUGGCCUGGAGAGCCGGUCUGAGAAUGGGAGACUUCCUCAUUGAGGUGAAUGGUCAGAAUGUGGUGAAGGUGGGACACAGGCAGGUGGUCAACAUGAUCAGGCAAGGUGGAAACGCCCUCAUGGUCAAGGUUGUCAUGGUGACACGCAACCCUGACAUGGAGGAUGGCCAGAGAAAGAAAAUCCCCCAGCAGAGUAAAAGACUAAGCACUCCGGCCAUCGCUCUCCGCUCCAAAUCCAUGACCUCAGAACUGGAGGAGAUGGAGGUUCCACACUGUCACUUCCAGCACCCCCACUACAGGUAACCCCUCAAACAAUGACCCCACCCACCCCUGAUCCUUUUCACUGCGCCCCCUUUUACCCCCGCACCCCCAGCCCUAUAACCCCCGCACCCCCCAGCCCUAUAACCCCC